GAAGCCGAGUUGGGCCGCGCGCGCCCGGGAACACGGCAUUCGCUUUCCUGACUCGCUCCGAAGCAGCAGCAACAGCCGAAAUGUCUGGACGUGGCAAGGGCGGCAAGGGGCUCGGCAAGGGUGGCGCCAAGCGUCAUCGUAAGGUCUUGCGUGACAACAUCCAGGGCAUCACCAAGCCUGCCAUCCGUCGUCUCGCUCGCCGUGGUGGUGUCAAGCGCAUCUCUGGCCUGAUCUACGAGGAGACGCGCGGUGUCCUCAAGGUGUUCCUCGAGAACGUGAUCCGGGAUGCCGUCACCUACACUGAGCACGCCAAGCGCAAGACCGUAACAGCCAUGGACGUCGUGUACGCUCUCAAGCGUCAGGGCCGCACCCUCUACGGUUUCGGAGGUUAAGCAGCACACACGCGCCCGGCGUCGUCUGCCAGCAGCGCACCGAACUCCUGUGAAGAACCCAACAGCCCUCUUCAGGGCUACCCACUUGAUGCUUCGGCAGUGAUCCGCAGGAUUCGCGAUCUCCUGAUCCGUUUUCCCUCUUUGCAUUCCAUUUUCUUGUGAUCGGUUAUGGAGCGUGCCCAGCAGCCGUGCGCGAGACGCGCGGUGAAUUUGGUCAGGUGAGCGAGCGCAACCGCGUGUAUUCACAGUAGGUGGUAGCGUAAGGCGAGCUUUUUGCUACAUGCGUUUGCGCUCGCUACCAAGUGCCGCAUUGCUACAAUUUCGACGCUGUGUUACUGCGGCAUGCUGUUCGUUCGUGCAGCAUGGCUGUCGUGUUUGAUUGGGACUGAAUGAGGCAGCCGCCGUGGAACGGCGAUGGGGGGAAAAUAAUAAUAAAGACUAAUGGAGGGGGCAUUUUCUCGCGCUAAAAUCUCAGAUGCUGGCCUGUUCCACAUUCCGUUGCAUCCUAUGGAGUCCGAUGGGCGGCCGGGAAUCAGCGCCGUGCGACUGGCAUGUGUGGCACGCGAAACCAAAGGGUACAUUAACUAGCUAGCUAGGUGCCGUCGUUGCUGCUCUUAGAAUCGAGCUGAUGGCGUGUAAUCAAACGGACGAACGUCUGCGCGGUGCAGACCUAGUCCUGUGCAGCUACUAUCGUUUGUUUUACGCGCGCACGGUCACAGUGCCAUUGCUACAGCUGGGAACAAGCAGUUGGUUCGAGCUCACUGGUGGCUUUCCGAGUGGCUCUUAGCGGUGGCCUCCUCCAUUACGGCGGUGCAGUGCGUAUAUCCAGGCACAAAAAGGGUCGCACGAAGCAGACUCACUUUCGUUUUAUUGUUUUCCUAGCACCCGUUGUUUUCUCGUGCGUCGGUGUUCGUGGUCGUGCUGGGUAAUCGCGCUGUGACGAGUAUAGGAAAAUGAGGCCAUGGCUGAAGCGGUAUACAAAUUAACUUACACAAGGGAGUGGCAUACAUGCGCAUUGGUUUGAUGAAACGCGGCAGUUGUUCAAUAUUUGUGUCUUUCUCAAUGCGGUCACACU